AUGGUGGAUUAUUAUGAAGUUCUUGGACUACAAAAAAGUGCCUCACAGGAUGAUGUUAAGAAAUCCUACCGCAAACUGGCACUAAAAUGGCAUCCUGAUAAGAAUCCCAGCAAAAAGGAGGAAGCCGAAAAGAAAUUCAAAGCAAUUGCUGAGGCAUAUGAGGUUUUGUCUGACCCUGAGAAACGAUCACUCUAUGACAAGACUGUUUCGAGCAGAUCCCACAUAGGAAGAAGUGCCACGAAGGGUCAUACUGACUUCUUUGAUUACCCUGACAUAUUCCAGGACGUCAAGGAGAACUUUAGGGAAGCCAGUGGAGAGAGAUUCUGGGACCCCUUUGACAUCAGAAACAACAGUGAAAAUUGGCAGAGUACAAGUAGAAGACAAAGAAGCUCCAGCCUGUUUUCUGACUUUAUGAAGUCAUUUCUGCCAUGGAAUUUAUUCAGUUUCAGGGAGCAGCCCAUCUUCUCCUUUGGUGAGAACACAGCUGGGCGACGCGGUGGCAGAAUAUUGUCAACCACUACUGAAGUGAUCAAUGGCAAGACGAGGACCACCCGGAAAAUCAUCGAGAAUGGGCUCAUGAGAAAAGAAGUGGAAGAAGAUGGCAAGCUGAAGUUUGUGAUAAUAAAUGUGAAAGAGAACGAGAAAUUGUAA